AUGGCCGACCAUGUUGUUAAUUCCCUAGUAGAGUACUUGUCCCAGCAACUCGAAAAGGAAGCAAAUUUCUUUGGUGGAGUGGAGGAUCAAGUCAAGUCACUCCAUAGGGAGCUUAGGCUGAUAAGUAUCUUCUUGGAGAGCUCCGUGGGGAAACGGAAUGAGCAUCCAAUAGUGAAGGAGGUAGUCGGACAGAUCAGGGAGGUGGCUUAUGAGGCUGAGGAUGUUAUCGACACGUUCAUCCUCAAGGUUGUAGAGCACAAGAAGAGGAGCUUGAUGGGGAGGAUGCUUAGUAGCCCCAUGCACGCAAAGAUGCUCCGAGAUGUUGGAAGAAAGAUUGCACGCAUCAAGAACGAAAUCAAUGAAAUCUACAACAAUAGAGAAAGGUAUGGCAUUAUUGAAAGAGCCACAGAGAGUGUAGAUGCAGCGGCGGCAGCAGCGGAGGCACUACACAAGCGUAGGAGAGAAGUCGAGGAAGAUGACGUGGUGGGCUUCGUUGAUGACUCAUCGACAGUGGUGGGACAACUUAUUGAAGGGGAUCAUAAGUUUGAUGUCAUUUCGAUCAUUGGAAUGGGAGGCCUGAGGAAGACAACUCUUGCCCGGAAAAUCUACAAUAAUGUUUGCGUCAAGAGAUCAGCGGAGAACACUAGAAGAUCAGUUGGGUGUAGACGAAUUAAAGGAGAAGUUGUUCAAAUGCUUGCUAAGAAAGAGGUACCUAAUAGUCAUGGACGACAUCUGGAAUACUGA